ACAUGACUUUCACAUAGGGAUGCCGCGAAACUACGCUAGGGAUUACGGUACUGGUCAUAUUGCCUCACAUUAAUUACAAUUGUGUACUAUGCCAUUCAGAUCGGUUUUACUGCAAUAAGUAUGAAAUUCCCAUGCGACGGGUUUUACAAAUUCCUACGUUGUAUUACUAUAUGUAUGUUUGUACACAAGAUGCAUUGAUAACGAUUUCAGUACGAAUCACUCUACACUGAAGGGAAAUGAUUCUGACUGUUGAGUAGUAUAUAAUCCUUACAAACUGCUCAAUUGAGCACCAAAGUCAAUUGUAUCAUCAUUCGAUUAACAUCAUAACUAUAUCAAUCUACUUAAGUAAAAAUUCAAUAAUUCAGUGCAAAAAUGAAAUCUUACGCUGCCAUCGUCCUCGUCUCGAGCCUCAUUGCCGCCGCUAGCUGUGCCCCACAGUUUGGAUUCGGAGCAUCCGGUGCGGGAGCGAACGCCGCAUCCCAAGGAAUGGGAAUGGGAGGAGGAUUCCCCGGCAUGGGUGGUGGAAUGAGUUCUUCAAACGCCAACGCCGGUGCCCAAGGUUUCGGAAUGGGCGGUGGAUUCCCCGGAAUGGGUGGCGGCAUGGGAGCCUCAUCCGCAAACGCUGGCGCCGCUUCGCAGGGAUUCGGAAUGGGCGGACCUUUCGGAGGCAUGGGUAUGAGCGGUUCGGCGGCCAAUGCUGGAGCGCAAGGUAUGGGCCAGGGAUUCGGUGGAUAAGAAGUAGUAGAAGUUCAGGCUUCCACUAGGUGCUCGAAUCAUUUCAUAUUGAAGCUAUUUAUUUAUUUUAAAAGAACGUAAUACAUUGUUGAUAUUACGUACAUGUACAGUAUAUAAGCAUCAAGAGUAAUAAACGGAUGAAAAUGUAAAAA